AUGUUGGACUUUCUAUCGUCCAUUGGUGAGGAAGUCGCUGAUGCCGAGGAAGAAUCCUUCCUCCUCUUCUCUCGCACAAUCCCCUCCAACAACCUAGGCUUCCUAAACUCCCGUGCGACAACAAUAGACCUCACAAUCAAUUCGCACGACUACACGAUCCACCAAUCCCCCACACUACUCUCCUCAACACGCGACGGAGGGACCACAGGCGCCGUACUAUGGAAAAUCACGCCUUUAUUUGCUUCAUGGAUUUCCUCAACAUCCACAAACCCAUUCUGGACUUCGCGGCAGGUCUUGGGGGCUGAUGCGGCAGUGAUUGAACUCGGCUGCGGCAUUUCGGGCCUCGUAGCGCUCACACUUGCGCCAUUGGUGAGGAAGUAUGUGGCCACUGAUCAGGAGUAUGUGCGGAGAUUCUUUAGGCAGAAUAUCGAUGAGAAUCGGCCGACCUCCUCGAAAAAGGGCACAUCAAAAAAAGCGCGAACAGCAGCAGCCAAUGCAAAACGCGGGAAAGAUACCACCGCCGCUACCAGCAGCAGUAAUAUAGAAUUCAUCCCACUGGAUUGGGAACUGGAUAUCCCACGGAACGAGACUCUGCAUGGCGAUGACACCACCGACGAAAAGGGAUUUGAUAUGGUGAUAUCCUGCGACUGCAUAUAUAACGAAGCGCUCAUUCCAUCCUUUGUGCGCACAUGCGCCGAUAUCUGUCUUUUACGGUCUGGUGCCAACAAACAACAAAACGAUGGCAACGAGGAAGAGAAAAAUCCGACGAUGGCGAUAAUAGCGCAACAGCAGCGGUCACCGGAUGUGUUUGAGGCGUGGUUAAGAGAGACAUUGAGAUAUUUUCGGGUUUGGAGGGUCGAGAAAUUCGAUGUAUCACCCUCAUCCGAAGCGACGCCGGAAAGUAGUGGUGGUAGUAGUGGGCUAGGGGAUGGGAGUGGGUAUGUGGUACAUGUUUUAGUGCUCAGGGAUGAUUUACCGAGUAGUUGUUCUUAA